AUGACCAUAACCAAAUACAUCUUUUCUUCAAAUAUCGCAUUCUCAUACUUUGCAGACAAUGAAGAAGUAGGGUCACAAUUCCAAAUAGAUGCAACUUUUGGGAGCAAGUUUCUCGUCGACAAUGAAGGAAACUGUGAAAUCAUUCAGCUACCAGGACCAACGCAAAUUGAUCGUAGAUUAAGAGACGAUUAUCCUCUGCAUGUCUCUAAACGAUGGGAGAUUCACGACCAAACACCAUCGUCAUCAAACCUUGGAAGGCAACUCUACGAAAUCACGGGCUGGUCCCUUUUAGAUGUGGAAGAUACGGUCGCUAGUAUUUGUAAAUCGUAUAAAGAGUCGCUUAAGUCGACUUUACCGGCUGGAGCUGUGGUUAAGGAGGUCAUAACGUCAGGGCCAAGCUCGAAUCGGAUUGAUGUCGUGUUUAUGGGGGAUGGAUAUACCAAAAGAGAGGAGAAACGAUUCUUCAAAGACAUUGAUCGUCUGGUAAAAGAAAUGUGGAGAGACACAACGUUUGCAUCGACAAGGCCGUUAUUCAACGUCUGGGCAGUUUAUAUCCCUAGUCAAGAGUCUGGUAUUGGUGUAGGUGGAACGCCCUUGUCUGGCAGUCCGUUUGGACUCUAUAGAGACGGAACUGAACUUCGAGGGAUUUAUUGUUCCAAACCUGGCAAUGCUAGGGAGGCGUGUAAAUUGACGGGACAAAACGCGUGUGACUUUCCGUCGCUUAUAGCAAACGACAAUUUCUAUGGUGGACUGGGUGGAGAGUUUACGAUCUCUACACGAAGCAAAACAAGCGGAACUGUUGUCCUGAGGCAUGAAAUGGGCCAUAAUUUUGUUGAAGUGGGAGAAGAAUACGACGGCGGCUAUGUGUAUUCUGGCUGUAACUCGGCCAAGGAUUUGAAGAAGGAUCUGAAGUGGUCGCAUUGGUUGUCUGAUGGUGUGGAAUUGAAUGCUCAACUCAUACAAGCUUAUCCAUGGUACGACAUGGCAAAAGGCCCAUACACUCUCAACUUUACAUCCGCGGGCAACUAUUCCCGAUGGCUACUACGAUUUUCUAUAUCUGGCGUUGAUAAGACGUCCGACAUGGACAUUAUCUUUGACGGCAAGAAGGUUAAAUGGACAUCACUCAAGACCUUGGACAGGUCGUUUUACGACGUAGUAGGAGAUACCGGGUUUGCAUCUGGCCAGCAUUCAGUGCAAUACCGUGUGAACGAUAAGAAGGAUGUGGAUGGUGAAUUUAAAAAGAAGAAACGGCCCAUAAUGCAGUUAUGUUCUGUGUCGUUGCAUGAAUUCAAGGGUGAGCCUGAAUUCCAUAUGAACAAUUCUUGGAUUUCUGCGUAUCCGACUUAUUCAAUUGAGGACAAGAAGGUUUACAGACCGACGAAUGAAGGAUGUUUAAUGCGUGAUAUGAGUCUCAAUCACUUUUGUAAAGUGUGUCAAGAGGGUCUCUGGAUGGACUUUCUCGCCAGGAUUUCUUUAAUUGACUCUAUCACAUCCAUAUGCACUGGUAACCACACGAUGCAAAUCAAACUCUCGGCUGUGCCACUGGCGCAAUACAGAAUUCCAACAAUCCCCGGAGAGAGUUAUAGUCUAACUUGGAAGCACAAGGGAGUCCCCGAUUCGGCAUAUAAUGAUUUAUAUACGUUUGGUGUUACACUGCCAGAGGGUGAAGGGAGUUGGGAAGCCCAACUGGUUUUUACAACGUUGGAGGUCAGAAAGGACCCUGGUAAUCUAUUGACGAGUAGAAGGACAAUUAGAAUCGAUGAUGAUCCUUGUAUAUUCUAA